UCAGGUUUCUCUCUGCUUCCAUGUAAUAGCACCUUGAAUGAGGCUUUAGUCGGCCUUGAUCCCGACCAAUCCCGACGACGCCGCGCGGGUGGCGGUGCUGCCAUCGGUGAGCAAUGCAUGACCGAGCGUGACCGACUGUAACGACUAACGUACAUUCAAACCUAAGAAAGUGAGGGGGAGGCACGUCGUGGGUGGUCCGCCGUCGUGCCGCCGACCGGGAACGCGACGCGUUGUGUGGUCCGGCUGGAUUCAUGCGUCUCGAGUGGCGACUAUCGCGUAGAAGAUGCGAGAGGCCUCGCCGUAGCGGGACGCAGACCUUUGGGCCUCGUGGUUAGCCGAGAUCGAUCCGUGGGCUCGAUCGCACCAAGAUGAUUUCUUUACUAAUCCUCUGUUGCCUGCUGCUCCGCGACGGCUCGUCUCUGGAACUGGAUCAGGGAUUUACGGCUAACGAGAACAGUGAGAAUGGCACGUGGGAGGACGUGGACCUGAGCCGGCAUAGAAUCAACGAUCCUAAUUAUUUGAUGGAGAGAUAUCCCAUAGGCAAGUUGCCGGACACUUCGACCUGCCGCAGGCGCGCCAAGUGCGUUCCGCUGUCCAGAAAUACUUGUAUGGGUACGAAAUUACCUUACACUUUUACCACGUUGGACCUUGUGCCAGAGCGCAUAACUCAAGACAUUAUUGAGGUAGAUAAGAUUAUUAUUUAUGUAUUCUUUGCAUUAGUAAUGCUCUCGCUCUUCUUUCCUUCCGAUAAAACGUGAUCUCUGCGAAUAUUUACGCAUGCAAGUUAGAAACUUGGCGUUGCAGAGCUUUCUAAGUAAUACACCUACUUGCGUCUGUUUAAACCAGCAAGUUUGAUAUCAAGAUUGUAUCUCAUAGGCCCAGUUUUUCAUCUUCUGGCUAACUGUUAACCAGAGGUGUUUCAUCUUCUGGUUAACAGUUAAC